AUGCGAAAAUUAUCCUUUCGUUCUGAUCGUGUUAAAUGUGUGGAUAUUCAUCCAAAUGAACUAUGGAUCUUAGCAACACUUUACAAUGGUCAUGUACAUAUCUACAAUUAUGAUACUCAAAAAUUAAUAAAAACAUUCGAAAUAUGUGAUGUACCUGUCCGUACUGGUAAAUUUGUCGCGCGAAAAAAUUGGAUUAUUACUGCAUCGGAUGAUAUGUUUGUUCGUAUACACGAUUACAAUACAUUGGAACGAGUACAUCAAUUUGAAGCGCAUAGUGAUUAUAUUCGUUCAAUUAUGGUUCAUCCUACUCAAUCCUGUAUUUUGACUGGUAGUGAUGAUACGACGAUUAAAUUAUGGAAUUGGGAUGCUCAAUGGGCAUUGAAACAAACUUUUAAAGGACACACUCAUUAUGUUAUGCAAAUAGCAAUCAAUCCAAAGGAUGAUAAUAGUUUUGCUUCUGCUUCUCUUGAUCGCACCAUCAAGGUCUGGCAGUUAGAAUCUACUCAACCGGCUUUUACUUUAGAAGGCCAUGAAAAAGGUGUUAAUUGUGUGAAUUAUUGUUCGGAUGGUGAUAAACCAUAUGUAGUUUCCGGUGGUGAUGACCAUCUAGUUAAAAUCUGGGAUUAUCAAGUAAGAUACACUUAUUUAUUCAUUGGUAUCUUCGUUGAUAAAGAUACGUUCUAUUUAAAACAGAACCAAGCUUGCGUAAAAACAUUAGAAGGGCACUCACAAAAUGUUGGUUGUGUGGCUUUUCAUCCUGAAUUACCAAUUAUUUUGAGUGGUUCAGAAGAUGAAACAGUCAAAUUAUGGCGUUCGGAUACUUAUUGUCUCGAAUCAACAUUGAACUUUGGUCUUGGAAGAUGUUGGACGAUAUCAUGUUUGAAAGGCUCGAAUAAUGUAGCUCUUGGUUAUGAUGAAGGAACAUUGAUGGUUAAGGUAAAGAAGAAAAUAAGUAGAACAGAGAAGCAAUGCAAUUUUAUUGUUUUAGUUGGAUCGAGAAGAACCGGUCAUGUCAAUGGAUAA